CCGACUUCAUCCAUCUUUCGCUCCCUCUUCUUUCUUUUCACCUCCCUCUUCUUUUUGUGUAUAUGCGUGUGUAUGUUGACUUUCUGACCCCCUCCCACAUCCCCGUGAAUAGCGGGUAUGUCUAGGUUCCCCGCCACUCCCCCUUCCCGCCGCCCCCCUUGUGUUUACCCGGCGGAGGGGGUGUUGUGAGUGUGUUUCCCCUCCCCAAACUUUUUCACUGGAUUUACAUUUUUUCUUUCCCAAGCCUCAGCCGAGUCUUGGCAGCUGACACCUUCUCCCUUCGUCCAGCUCUCCCGCCGUCCCAUUCAGCCCGGGGAAUCCCCCGGCCAGGCGGGCCGGGGAGGGGGGAGCGCUGGGGGCCGGGACUCCUGGUGGCCCGACCUUCUCCCCGAGCGCUUUUCUCUCUCGGCCCACCUCGAUCGUUUCCUCCAACCUAGUGGGGAGACGGAAAGUGGAGAGCGCAAACAAAGUCCGCUUACAAAGCCCCCAGAUGAGUCACUCACUUGGGUGUUGGUCUUUGCUUUUUGCAAGAAACUUAAAAGUGACUGUAGCCGGCACGUUGGCAAUUCUCUUGCCCGCUCACUUUAGUUGGGGGACCCCUCUUUGGAAGAUCUAAGCUGGGACUUAUUUUUUUUUUCCGGCUUCGUUUCUGUUUGCACACGAAGCAUUUAGUGGGCAGUAGCGAUGAGCUCACGGGGAAACUUCGGAACCGGAGGAGGUUAGGAAGCUAGCUCGUCACUUUUAAGUUGCGUUCUUCCCGCCUCUCUGAGUUAUUUUCCUUCUUUGAAUACUUCGUGAAAUCCCAAACGCGUAGCUUGGGCGCUUGAGACCUUUCAGAACUAACCAGGAACGGAUGCAGAAUUUUCAAAAAAUUAUCAUUCAAGCCACUGGAUUCAUCCCAGUGAAUUUAAUAUAGGGAAUUGGAGAAUUCAGACAUUACCUAUUGUGUAGACCUGGUUUACAGGUCUUAUUGUUUUAAGAUGUAUAUUUUUUCAAAUAUGGACAAUUUGUUUUUUUUUUUAAGUAGUUACUGAAAUAUAUUCGGGCUUCUUAAAAUUGAAAAUACUCAAAAUUAUGGAACUCAGGAACUUCCUCCUUUUCUCAUUAUGGUCUAGUGUUUUAUUGUGCUUUGAUAAGCUUGAUAAUAAUGUGAUAAGCAAACUUAAAAUGCACUGGAAAAGAAAUGAUACAUAACUAGCUGUCAUCCAGGUUGGUGAAAAGGUAGCAAAUGUUUCUUUUUCUCAAAAAAAAGAAAAGAUAUGGGAUUGAUGGGCCACUGAAGUGGUUUUCACAUGAUUAAAAACUAUUAAACCUGGUAUCUAUAAACUUAAUAGAGAUUGAAAAAUAAAACAGGAAAAACUUAUAACUCAUCUUUAGAAAGCUAGCUGAAAAAUCUUUUGGAAUACUUCUUAAAAAAUUAUUAUUCUGUUCCUGGAUAAAGCAAAUGCCAAGCAUUUUGAUCAACUUUUUAGUUAGAUUUUAUACUAUUUAAUUGUUUUCAGCUAUUAAAAUCUUUUUUUUCCACCUGAUGGAGAAGUGUGAAAGCUAAUAUUUGAUCCUGGGUUUGGCGGUGUGUGCAGGGAAAAUUGUUGGAAAACUUAAAAUGUAGAGACAAGGGCAGUUGAAUGGGUGAAGGGAAUAUUUCAGCCUUUUUUAUGGAAAGGUAUGAAUAGACUUAAUCAGUUCUGGUAUUAAGUAAAUUUCACUGGGGAAAUGGAAUUAAAUUUUCUUGUUUGUUUCCUGGAGCAUCCUAUUGAAUUUAUAUUUUAAAACAAUACCUGCUUGCUUUCCAGAUAACCUGGUGGAAAGUGAAAGCUAUAGCUGCUAAAGUAGUUUGAUGGAUUAUUCUUCUAACAGGACAUUCAAGAUAUGACUCACCGAUGCUAAUUUGUUCAGUACAAAAUCUUUUACCCUCUGGCACUGGAGAUUUCAUGGUGCUAUAUCCUACUACCCUGGGUGAUGAAAUAACAUUUCUGUUUUGUUUUUUGCCAGCCUCAGAAAAAGGAAAGUUUGAGCAGGGUUAAAAAACCUUGCUGCCGAAAGAGAUGGGAGAUAAAAUUAAAACUUUGAUUUGAUGAUGAUAGUCAAAUAAAAGCCCAGAAGUUAUAUUUUAAAAAUAAAUUUAAAAGUAAAUCACUUAACUAAAGGCCAGCUGUGGUUGUUAUUUUACUCUGUCUCUCCCCCAGAGAACAAGUUGGGAAAACCCAGUUCCCCCUUAGAAGGCUUCAUGUAGAAGUGUGGGGAUCCUAGGAAUCCUCAGAGAGUGAUUCCUGUAGUGGUUCUACAGCAUUUCACCCAAGAAGCAGGGACCUGGUGUGACCCUCGUAUGAGAGUGAGCUUCAGCAAUGCUGUAAAAAUACUUUAUGUUGCCACAGACAUCUGAAUUGGUAAAAUGGCAGCCCAUGAAGCCUCCCAUCACCAACAGCAGGCAGCACAGAACAGCUUGCUGCCCCUCCUGAGCUCUGCUGUGGAGCCCCCUGAUCAGAAACCAUUGCUUCCAAUACCAAUAACUCAGAAACCUCAGGCUGCACCAGAAACAUUAAAGGAUGCCAUUGGGAUUAAAAAAGAAAAACCCAAAACUUCAUUUGUGUGCACUUACUGCAGUAAAGCUUUCAGGGACAGCUAUCACCUGAGGCGCCAUGAAUCCUGCCAUACAGGGAUCAAAUUGGUGUCCCGGGCAAAGAAAACCCCCACCACGGUGGUUCCCCUUAUCUCUACCAUCGCUGGGGACAGCAGCCGAACUUCGUUGGUCUCGACCAUUGCAGGCAUCUUGUCAACAGUCACUACAUCUUCCUCGGGCACCAACCCCAGUAGCAGUGCCAGCACCACAGCUAUGCCCGUGACCCAGUCUGUCAAGAAACCCAGUAAGCCUGUCAAGAAGAACCAUGCUUGUGAGAUGUGUGGGAAGGCCUUCCGAGAUGUGUACCACCUCAAUCGGCACAAGCUCUCCCAUUCAGAUGAGAAGCCCUUCGAGUGUCCUAUUUGUAAUCAGCGCUUCAAGCGGAAGGACCGGAUGACUUACCAUGUGAGGUCUCAUGAAGGAGGCAUCACCAAACCCUAUACUUGCAGUGUUUGUGGGAAAGGCUUCUCGAGGCCUGACCACUUAAGCUGUCAUGUAAAACAUGUCCAUUCAACAGAAAGACCCUUCAAAUGCCAAUUUUCCUCCCUCAUGCAGACGUGCACUGCUGCCUUUGCCACCAAAGACAGACUGCGGACACACAUGGUGCGCCACGAAGGCAAAGUAUCAUGUAACAUCUGUGGGAAGCUCCUGAGUGCAGCGUACAUCACCAGCCACUUAAAGACUCAUGGGCAGAGCCAAAGUAUCAACUGUAAUACAUGUAAACAAGGCAUCAGUAAAACUUGCAUGAAUGAAGAGACCAGCAACCAGAAGCAACAGCAGCAGCAGCAGCAGCAACAGCAACAACAACAACAGCAUGUGACAAGCUGGCCAGGGAAGCAGGUAGAAACACUGAGACUGUGGGAAGAAGCUGUCAAAGCAAGGAAGAAAGAAGCUGCUAACCUGUGCCAAACCUCCACGGCUGCUACGACACCUGUGACUCUUACUACUCCAUUCAAUAUAACAUCCUCUGUGUCAUCUGGGACUAUGUCAAACCCAGUCACAGUGGCAGCUGCAAUGAGCAUGAGAAGUCCAGUAAAUGUUUCAAGUGCAGUUAACAUAACCAGCCCAAUGAACAUAGGGCAUCCUGUAACUAUAACCAGUCCAUUAUCCAUGACCUCUCCUUUAACACUCACUACCCCAGUCAACCUCCCCACCCCUGUCACUGCCCCAGUGAAUAUAGCACACCCUGUCACGAUCACAUCUCCAAUGAAUCUGCCCACGCCUAUGACAUUAGCCGCCCCUCUCAAUAUAGCAAUGAGGCCUGUAGAGAGCAUGCCUUUCUUGCCCCAAGCUUUGCCUACAUCACCGCCUUGGUAAACAGUAUUAUAAAAUUAAAAUAUGGGUUAAAGUAAAUAUUUACCAGCAACUUAACUUUUAGUUGAUUAAAACAAAAAGUAAACCAUGAAAUUGGGAGAUUUUAUUACAUUAGUUAAUAGUGUAGUAGCAUUUUUCUCCAAUUUGGCUGGGAUUGUUCAGAGUAGGGUAUGUAUGUAACUUAUCACUGGACCACUUUAGUUUAAUCAGAAAUUCCUUUUAGCUGACAGCAUUGCUUAAACAGGAUAGUACUUGGCAAGAUGAGAUGCCAGAAUUAAACCCAAUCAUUUAAAAAAAAAACCCAUUUCAAAAUAAAAAAACAGCAUACUGUUUCUAAUCCCCAAAAAUCAUUUUAUUCUAAACGCUAGCAAAACUCUUCUCCCUAUACAAGGUGGAUGGCUGAUUUUAACCUGAAAUUCUAAAUCCACAGACUGAGAGCUAGUGUAGAAUUGUGUUUAUUGUUUUUAUGAAUAAAUACAUGCAUUGUCAUAAUAAAAUGCAUUUCAGAGAAUAUGCAUUUUACCUUUGGGAAUAUGUUAAUUUCAGGCAGCAUUCCCUAUGGGAAAGGUGAUACCAGCUCUGAUAUGCAAAGCAUAUGAUAAUUUAUCAUUCUAACUUCAACAUAUAAUAGGGAUUGUGACCUGAUAUUUGGAGAUGUAAAUAUUGCUCAGCAUAUUAAUCCUGAUGGAAUAUAGCAUUGUAGUUGACUUUUUAAAAAAAAAAAAAAUCUAAAAAAAAAAAAAAACCACCAAAAUAUACAGAUUGUGUUUUGGUAAGAAAAGGCCGCAACUGACAGAGAAGUCAAGUGUGCGGACAGGCAGGCUCCUAACAAAAGGAGGCCAAUGGGACUCCUGUUUGGGAGCCAAGGAGUACUUUGGAACAGUUCGAAUAUAUUGCUUUAAAUUGGAAGACGCUGGAGGCACUGGGAUGUGUUAUGCCCCUCUCUCUCCCAAUCAGAGCCUGUUGAUGUUACAACAGGGACAGAUGUGUUAGUUGCGCACUAGAGUUUAUGUCUUAUAUUAAAUUGUAUACAGUUUUUAUUCUAACCACUAACUAGGUAGUAUGCCCCUUCAGAACAAGCAGAGUGUAUCUCUUUUUUUUAAUUUCUCCUUCCAUUUCUUAAUCAAGUAUUGUGCAGAUUUGUUCAACUUUGUAAAUAUGGACAUCACUUUUUUUUUUUUCAUUGCAAAAACACUUGUAUCAGCUUUGUGGUGUUUUCAAGGAGAUAGCUGUCUGCACUCCUGUGGAAACCCAGCAAUGAUUGUGCACGUUGCAACAUGUGCUUUUUAUUUCUUAGCAGGAUGUUUUAUCUCUGUACAUAAAGUAGAAACCAAAAGGUAGGGAAACAGAUACUCUUUACACCAUCAUGUCACACAUUAAUGUUUUUAAAGCAUCGUGUUUUUAAAAAAAGUUAACUAAAACCAAGACGCUGUGAUUUUUUUUUUAAGUUGCAAUAUGUUUUUGGUUUUUUCUUUUUUCAUUUUUUAAUCUUUGCAGUUAACAGAAAUGGAAACUAGUUGUGUUAAUCUUGCAGAAUGUUUGCAGGACUGACUAUCAAACUGGAUGACUUCUGUUUAUACCCCACUGUGUCAGUUCAAGCAUCAAAAUACCUUGCAUCUGAGGCAGACUUCCUACAUCAGGGACAGGUAUCUGUGUGUCAUUAUACAAAACAGUUCUAGGGGGUUGAACUACAUAGUAAAAAAUAAAAUAAAUAGUACUUAGUGUAAAAUAAUUUUAUAAAUGAUCUUUUGUACUUUAGGACAUUAAAUUGUACAACUUUUGUAUAUAUAAAAGCUUAGGAACUUUCUGUUUAGCAGGAAGGCAACACAUUCCUACACUUUUAAUGUAUAUGUUUGUUAUAAUGUCCAUGUAAACAUGCCCUAUGUUUGUGCCUUUUAAUUAGUUUGUCUCAAUAAACAAAAUGUAGAGAAAAAUAUGUAGCUAUGACUUUGUUACAACUGUUCUUAUCCACAGUACAAAAAUGGUUUGUUUUUAAUAUGUAGAGCAUUAUGUGUGGACUACUGGAAGGACUCGUGUAGGGAAGGCCCAAGAAUGGCCCUGCUGAGGCCUGGAUUGGGGGACAGUGGCCACAUUUGGAGGAAGCCCACAUUUCCUGGCAUGCAGACCCAAGACUGGGUUCUGGCUCUGCCUGCUGGGACCUUUCAUCUCUCUGAUGGGCUGGCAGUCACUAUCCUCCACAAUUCAGACAGCCCAGGCUUCCUCCACAGUGGUUCAAGGAGCAGUCCUCAGUGAGGACAGUGUGGGCCCUACCUCCCAGGCUAGAGCGUGGUUGUCAGAACCCUGAAAGUAUUAGUUCUUAAAAAAAAAAAAAAAGAUAUAUACUAGAAAUGAUUGUUUUAUCAAUUCAUUGUAUAAUAAACAGGAGUGAGACUUCAUUGUAUGACUUCAGUUAAAAUGCUAUUUUGUAUGCAUUCUUUAUUCACUUAAGAAGCUUGUCUGCAAUAAUAAAGCCACGUUGUGUCUUCUUUUGGGAGGGAGAGAGUUGAUGGCAGGAUGGGGGUGAGGGUGGGCCACUGAAAAGGGAGGCUGAAUAGGUUGUGCGGUGAAAUUCUCCUGUGUCUUGGAGCUGGAAUUGAGUUCUGAUGCUGAUGAACUGAUUCAACCAGGUGUUGAAGGCACAACGGCCACCGCUCUACGAAAAGGCAGAAUAUAUUUUUCUCUUCUGGUUGUAAAGCUUCCUCUUUAUCAGAUUGGCAGCUAAACAGUUGUAUUAGAUAAUCCUCAAAUCUGACAUCCAGCGUGUUAUGCUCUAGGGCUCGCUGCUUGGCCUGCAUUUGCCUUUUAUUGUGUAUCCAUUUCCCUCCUACGGUGUGCUCCUAAAUGAAGGUUUCUAUGUAAGCAGAUGAUGAUUUUACCUGUCAAUACCAGCACUGUAUUACUAACAUGCAAAAUACUGCAGAUUUAUUUUGACAAAUUAAAGUUAACCGGUCACAAAUGUUA